AUGAAUCCAUCAGAAAACCAAUCCACCCCACAACAGCAAACACCCCAACAAACAUCGACUACUGAAUUGCCACCAAUGCCACCACCUCCAUUUACAUCUAAACCACAAAAACAACCCCAAACCCAACAAACCCUACCCAUUGCACCAUCAUCAAACACAACCACCCAACCAACCUCAGCUCCAACUGGAGAAUUUCACGUUAUUGGUGGACCACUUUACUCUCUAGAAAGCCGACUACCACCACAACCCAAUCCGUUGCGGGUUAUGAAUCAACCAAAUUUAGUGCCACACCCGAACCGGUCGGGUGCUAUGUUUGAGCAAGUGGAAAACAGGGCGAGAACAGAGACAUGGGAUGACGGUUAUGGAGAUGAGGAGUGGGAGAUAAACGAGGGGUAUAUGGGAUAUCUAGGUGGGUACCAAAAUCAGGCAUUUAAUCGUAAUCAACCGUCAUUCGAGAACAUAGGGACGAAAUUGAGCAUCUUUAUUCUUCUUUCAAGCUAUUAUAUGGAAUCUAACCAACUUGGGAUGACAACCGACGCGGCGAAGAUUACCAUGAGCGGCUAA